GUUAAUAAUAUUGCUCCAAUUCAAUGGCCACCACCAAUAAUAUCUUCUCCGUUAUUAGUUCCGAUGACCACACCAACUGAAACCCAAAACCCUUCUCCACUCCUACACCGAGUCGCCAUUGUCACCGGCGCCUCCCGCGGAAUCGGCCGAGCCAUUGCUCUUCAUCUGGCCUCACUCGGCGCUCGCAUUGUCGUCAAUUACACAUCCAACUCCACUCAAGCCGAACAAGUAAUUGCCGAAAUCAACGCCUCAUCUACCUCCACUGCCGCCGACGCCGCUGCACUUCGAGCCGUCGCAGUCCGAGCCGACGUGUCCGAUCCAGACCAAGUCAAGUCCCUCUUCGAUUCGGCUGAGCAGUUCUUCAAUGUUCAACCUCACAUUAUGGUAAAUUCAGCUGGAGUCAUCGAUUCCACAUACCCUUCUAUCUCUAACACCUCAAUUGAAACCUUCGAUCGCACAUUCAGUGUGAAUGCAAGAGGGACAUUCUUGUGCCUUAGAGAGGCAGCAAAUAGAUUAAAGCGAGGGGGCGGUGGUCGAAUCAUAUCGGUUACUAGCCACCAAAUGGGGGCAUUGAGGCCAGGCUUUGGGGCAUACGCGGGGUCAAAGGCUGCAGUGGAGUCUAUGACGCAGAUACUUGCAAAGGAGUUGAAGGGGACGGGGAUCACAGCCAACUGCGUAGCCCCGGGGCCGAUCGCAACAGAUAUGUUCUAUAUGGGAAAGACUGAGGAACAAAUUCAGAAAGCGGCGGAGGAUAAUCCUCUGAACCGGCUCGGUAAGCCUGAGGAUGUGGCGGCUGUGGUGGGAUUCUUGGCCAGUGAUGGUAGUGAAUGGGUUAAUGGACAAGUGAUUCGUGCAAAUGGUGGAUAUGUAUGAAAAUUUCUUGACUGUGGACUGAAAAAUUAUGCUCAAGAAUGUGGAAAUCUCAAGAAACUUCUACGAAGCCAAAGCUCAUACAUAACCAUGUGAAAAGCAUCAUAGUCAAUAGGUUUAAGAUGCCAUUGAAAGUGUUUUCUCACCUUCAACACAUUACUUUGUAACCUCAAAUAUUCAUCAUAACUGAUAUUUUUAAGGAUUUCUUUGAGCAAAGGAAUGUCCAUAGUUGGAACAAUGACUGAGAAUGUUUUCCAAUCCAAUAUGUCAUUGAAAGGUAGAUCAUAGUAGUUGGCAAUUACAACAGGAACACAACCAUAGUAGAGUGAAUCCGCAAUUCGAGCUGUGUUUACUUCGAAACCUUUGACAUGGAGACAAAACUUGCUCCCAAGAAGCUCAUCAGCAUAGGGUGUUUUAAGCCUACCAUAGUGUACAAAGAUUUCGGUGUCAUUUCUCCACACUUGAAGAAGCUUUUCUCGUACUGGCGAGUUGAUUCCUCCCGCGAAAAAUGCAAGCUUUUUCCUGUAAUUUUUUUACCACAAAAAUGAAAAGUGACCUAUUUGGUAUGGGAUAGAUACAUGAUGACGCAUAAUGUGAGACUUUGUUUUGAGAAGUUUACACCAUAAUUUUCGAGUUCUUAGUAGAUAUUCGAUUGAAUACAAUGAUACUAAGAGGUACUAAUAAUGUUCAACACCAUAUUAAUACAAAUGAAGACAUUGUGAUAA